CCGCCUUUGCUUGCACUUCCGCUUCCGCCCUGAGCCGCGGUUGCCGGGUCAUCCCAUCUUCCAGAACUUGGCGCUACCUUCUCAGCUUUUCGCUUAGUGCGAGUUUCCUGCAGCUCCACCAUGUGGAACCGACUGCAGGGCCGUCUCAGGCCGGUGGGCUGCGGAGUGGAGGAGCUACGGUGCCGUCGGCGGGAGCGGGAGGCUGCACUGAGGAAGGCCCGGAGGGAGCAGCAGCUGGUCAGCAAGAGACUGGUGAGAGACAAUGCCCCAGAGGAAGCCGAGGUGGACUUGAUCCUUGGGGAAGCCGAGAUCCAGCAGUUCCUGCGGUUAGCCCAGCGGGGUACAGAGGAAAAAGAGAGAGAGAGGGCUUUGGUCAGCCUUCGUCGAGGCUUGCAGCACCUGGAGACGCAACAGACCUUCAUCAGGCUGGAGGGAAGCAUGCGGACCCUGGUCGGGCUCCUGACCAGCAACCAGGCCCUGCUGCAGCUUGAGGCGGCUCGGUGCCUUCAUGAGCUCUCUCAUUCUGAGCAGUCUGCGGUGGCUGAAGCCUGCCUGCCAGCCACUUCCUACCUUCUCACCUACCUCUCCGGUCACAGCUCAGACUUUAUAGAGCUCUGUCUGUAUACACUGGGAAACCUGAUUGUGGAGAGUGAGGCUGUGAGAAGUCAGCUCCUGCCACAGGGCAUUGUUCCAGCCUUGGCUGCCUGCAUCCAGUCCUCCCAUCUGACUGUGCUGGAAGCCCUUGGAUAUGCCUUGUCCCAGCUCUUGCAAGCUAAGGAAGCUCCAGAAAAGAUCAUCCCCUGUGCUUCUGUUGGCAGCUCUGUCUUGGGCUCCACUCUCCCCCAGCACAUGCUGCGACUGUUGCAGCCUGGCCCAAAGCUGAACCCUGGGGUCGCUGUGGAGUUUGCCUGGUGCCUUCACUACAUCAUCUGCAGCCAGGUCAAUAAUGCCCUGCUCAUCACCCAUGGGGCUCUGUCCACACUGGGGCUGCUGCUCUUGGAUUUGGCUGGGGCUGUUCAGAGAUCCGAGGAUGCAGGACUAGAGCUGCUGGUGUGCCCUGUGUUUCGGUGUCUAAGCAACUUGCUAACAGAGACAGCAGUGGAGGCUGUGGGAGGGCAAAUGCAGCUCAGAGAUGAGCGUGUUGUGGCCGCCUUAUUUAUCCUUCUGCAGUUCUUCCUCCAGAAACAGCCCAGCCUACUUCCUGAGGGCCUCUGGCUCCUUAACAACCUCACUGCAAACAGUCCGAGCUUCUGUACCUCCUUGCUCUCCUUGGAUCUGAUUGAGCCCCUUUUGCAGUUAUUGCCAGUAUCGAAUGUGGUGAGCGUACUGGUGCUCACAGUUCUGUGCAAUGUUGCAGAGAAGGGUCCUGCUUAUUGUGAGCAUCUGUGGCCAGGUCCCUUGCUCCCGUCCUUGCUGGACAUGCUGGCCUUCUCUGACACUGACGUAAUAGGCCAAAGUCUGGAACUGCUGCAACUGCUGUUCCUCUAUAGGCCAGAGGCUGCCCAGGCCUUCCUGCAGCAGUCAGGGCUACAGGCCUUGGAAAGGCAUGAGGAGGAGGCACAGCUCCAGGAACGAGUGCAUGCUCUCCAGCGGACAGCUCUUCAUGGGUGACCUGGCUUCUCAAUGUCACUUCUCUACUCCUCCCCCUGCCAAGUUCCUUGCCUGCGGGGCCCCUUUGGGGAGUGGGGGUUAGGACCAUAAGGAGGCAUCAUGAUCUCUGCUCCCACACCUAAACCUAAACCAAGACCUUUGGAUCUUAGCUCCUCCUCUUUAACCCAGCACUAUCCAGGCAGAAGGACCAGAGGGAAAUCAUUAUGGCCCACUUAUUCUGGGGCCUUGGAAUCUCUUUUUUUUUUUGCUUCAGUAGCAGGUGGCUUUUGAUAGGACAGAAUAAAGUUUUAUUCUUACAUUAAA